AUGGCAGAAAUCGACAUCAACACCAGGAUCAUCGUUGCAAUUGUUAUUUGCGUGUUCAUCAGCAUUGCUUUUUACAACGUUCUUGAGCUUACUGUCUCAAUCUUUACAUCAUUCAAAAGACGCUCCGGAUUGUACUUUUGGAGUAUUCUAAUCGCAACAUGGGGCAUCGCAUUCAGUGGGACCGGCUACCUGCUGAGGCACCUGUCCCUCACGACGAAACCGAUCAUCUACGCCACGCUCAUUCUCAUCGGCUGGUGCGCCAUGAUAACAGGCCAGUCGGUCGUCUUAUACUCACGCCUUCAUAUCGUUGUUCAUGACCGGAAGCGACUACGACUGGUGUUGUACAUGAUCAUCGCCGACGCCAUCUGGCUGCAUAUUCCCAUCAUUAUUCUAGUCUAUGGGGUAAACUCGGCAAACCCGGAACCAUUCCAGAAUCCGUACACCAUCUUCGAAAAAAUCCAGCUCACCGUCUUCUUCGUACAAGAGAUCAUCAUUUCUGCCCUGUACGUCUGGGAAACAACCAAACGCCUUCGUCUCAUGAACAGCAUCGGCGAUUUGCGCACCCGCAAGAUCAUGAACCACCUGAUCUGGGUGAACAUACUAGUUGUCCUACUAGACGUGACGAUUUUGGCCCUCGAGUUCACCAAUCUUUACGACAUACAGACAGCCUGGAAGCCGUUGGUAUACAGCAUUAAGCUGAAGCUCGAGUUCAGCAUUCUCAAUCGCCUCGUCGAACUCACACGAGGGGCCUCGAACAGCAGCGCCUACGUGCGCAGUCAAGGACAUGGACAGGCAAACGACGUGGCUCUUGAAACAUUCAACGGCGAGCGGUCGAGGCAGUUUACCAAAACUGACGAGCCUGAGUAUGAGGUUCGCAUUGGGAAAGGAGACAAAAGUCAUGUGUCGCCGGCGACAAGUUCCUACCCGACAAAAACAACGGAGAUCACGAUUCACACCCAUUCGCGGGCAAACCACGGUAACCGCGACAGCGACAACAUCAGCGAAGAUCCAGACAAAGAACGAGAAGGAGACGUGUGUUCAACUUCGUCCGAAGUCCAGUUUGCGAGAUAUUAG